GCCGGCGGCGCAGAGCUCCCCGGCAGCCUCGGGGCCGACUGCAGACCGAGGGCUGCGAGCGCGGCUGUGACCUGGGUACCCUGUCCCCGCGCCCCUGGUGCGCUCCGCGGAGAACAGCACGAUGCCCGGGGCUGGGCACCGAGGCGCAGCCCGGGCGAGAUGGCUGGGCACUGGGCUUUUGGGUCUCUUCCUGCUCCCUGUGUCCCUGUCGCUGGAGGUAUCUGUGGGAAAGGCCACUACCAUCUACGCUGUCAACGGCACGGAGAUCCUGCUGCCCUGCACCUUCACCAGCUGCUUUGGCUUCCAGAACCUGCGCUUCUGGUGGUCCUACAACAGCAGUGAUACAUUCAAGAUUCUCAUAGAUGGGAUUGUGAAGAAUGAGAAGUCAGACCCCAAGGUGAAGUUGAAAGAUGAUGACCGCAUCACUCUGGAGGGCUCUGUGAAGGAGAAAGUGAACAAUAUUUCCAUUCUGCUGAGGAACCUGGAGUUCAGCGACACGGGCAAAUACACCUGCCAUGUGAAGAACCCCAAGGAGAAUUAUCUUCAGCACCAGGCCACCAUCUUCCUCCAAGUUGUUGAUAAACUGGAAGAAGUGGACAACACAGUGACACUCAUCAUCCUGGCCGUUGUGGGCGGGGUCAUUGGGCUCCUCAUCUUCAUCCUGCUGGUUAAGAAGUUCAUCGCCUUCAUUAUCAAGAAGACUCAGGAGAAGAAGAAGGAGUGCCUCGUGAGUUCGUCAGGGAACGAUAAUACAGAGAAUGGGUUACCUGGCUCCAAGGCGGAAGAGAAAGCACCAACAAAAGUGUGAGCCCUGCUUGGGGCCAAGCAGCUGCCGGGAGCCUCGCUUUCUAAUGAUGAAACUGAUGCCUGAGCCGUGUCCGUGAACCCACGUGCCUGAGACAUCUGCUGCUUGGCUCAAACUGUAGUCUUUCCGGGCGGGGAGAAACUGGGGUCCUGUCCAGCCUGCCCCACCCCCUCCCCCGCCAGGGCUCCCCAGGGACAAGGGCUGGCCAGGGGAGGGGCCCUGUGGAAGGUUCAGGAAAGGAAAGGAGGGGCUGGAGCGGUGUGGAGAGCCCGUCCCCCGACACCUGGUUAGAUGGUCUCCUUCAGUGUCCCCACCCUGGACAGGGAACGCCUUGGUUUUCCUCCUGAUGUCUCUUUGUGAGAGACUUGGGGGGUUGGUGAGGGCUGCCCCAGUAGCUGGACCCUGAGUGUGGAGGGCUAACCCUUAUACGGUGGGAGUGGCCAGAGGACUCUGUACAGGAUCCGAGGGUGGGAGGCUGCUGGAGGCGUCCUACAGUGAGAGGCUUUGAUGGAUUCCUGUUGCCCCAUGUCCCUCUAGAGAGGAACUCCCCUUUCUCCCCACCCCUGGGUGCCUGCCUGCCUGUCUUGGUUCUCCCCCCACCCCCAGACCCCAUGCUGCUCAGAGUCUCUGAACCCUCCCGGGCUGCCACCUUGGUCUUUGGGGGGUCCUAGCCCACCUAGUCUGCUCCUCUGAUCUCUGGGCCCUGAGGGCUCAUGCAGGGGUCCCUCAGGCCUUCCCAGAGCACUGGGGCGCCACCUACACCUUUCCUAGUAUUUCUCCUUGGGGGAUCAGGGCUGCAGAGGUGGGCCUCUUGGCCACGGAAUGCUCACCCCAGCCCUGCCAACGCUGGCUGCCCCUUCUCCUCGGCAUGGCAGGACCAUGGCCGCUGCUGGGAACUCCCAGCCAGCUCCGCCCUGCUCCUCUUCCCCUGAAGCAGCAGGUGGCGCCAUCUUGCUUGAGGAGUUGCCCCUGGGUUCCUCCAGCUUCUCCCUGCCCAGGGGUGUUCAUCUCCAUCCCUGCGUCAAGGCUUGCCUUCACCUCGGGGACUCUGUUGCUUUGGAUGAGAGGGCCCUUGGGUUUUCUGGCUGCUUCCUGCUCAGCUGUGCCCCGCUCUCACCCCGGGGUUGGGGAGGUGCAGGGAGAGAGUGCCCACGGUUUUCCUUUGCUUUUCCACGCACUGGUUUGCACACGCCUUGCGUGUGGGGCUAGUCUGUGCCUUAGCUCCUGAGUCCUGGCUCAUGCGGUCCCUCCCCGCUUCAGCCCCUAUGGAACAGCCAGCUCUGGUGGGCCCUGGUGAGGGGUCCCGCUGCCCUCACCCAAGGUCAGGCCGGGGACCAGGGAGCUGGAGUUGUGUCGUUAAUAGCCCACUGGCCAGCGACUGAGUCUUGGAGGUGUCUGCCAAGUGCUCCCGUGGGCCCCUUACAGGCCAUGUCGUGGUAUUGUCCCUGUGGGGUUGGGGAAGUGAGGGGGGGCCGGGGCUGUGAUCAUGGAGGAAUCCGCUAUCUGCUCCCACCCCCUCGCUCUCUUGUUGAAUUUCUGACACUCUGUCCUCUGGGCCCCUGGGAGGGAUGAGAAGGGAGUAGCCCCCUAUUCCAAAGUGUAUGGGGACUGCCUGAGGACUCUCCCUGCCAAAAAGCAGCAGCGAGCGUCCCCAAGGGUGCAGGUUGGGAGGAGGAGGAACAGGAGUGCCUGCAGGGCAGCUAUGGCUGUGGCCUGUGACCCUCGCCCAGCCUGAGGGGCUUGCAGGGUCCCACUGAGAUCUGCCUCUGUCCCUUGCAGGCUCCUCCACCCAUCCUGGGCUCAGGUUCAGAUUUUCCUGGCUUUGGGAGCAGACAGACAAGAGCCACCGGUCAUUUGGGAAACUUCGUAG